AUGGAUCUCGACGCUGGGGAUUCCCCGUGGGGCGAUGUGCCCUCGCAGGGCCCUGCCUCACCAGGACAGGCCGCCGAAGGAACCCAACAAUCUACACAACAUGCCAGCCUGAGCGCUACCCGUUCUCCAGUCCGGCGAAACCUGCGAGGUGCUCGUAAGAUCAGCGCGCACGCGACGAAGCUCGAAGCCGUUGACGAUGCCGUUGACCCGCUUGGCCCUCUCGGGGACACGACCACCGAGACCGCUCCCGUCACCGAGCAGGCGCCGACACCACCGCAGAAGGAGCCAUUCGCCGGUCGCAACGCCCGUCCAACCUCGUCCACAUCGCAGGCUUCCAGUGGCGCGGCAUUGGGGGAGUCUGUCCAUCUUGAGGAAAAUGGUGCGGGGUUCAGGGGACCUCCACCGGUGCAACCCGCGCCGGAGGCGGAUGGGAUCAAGAGACAGACCCAGCCCAGUGUCAGUAUUGAAGAAGCUGCCAAACCCACGUUCGAGAUCACAGUGGGUGAUCCGCACAAGGUUGGAGAUCUGACUAGCAGCCACAUCGUAUACCAAGUCCGCACGAAGACAACGUCCAAGGCAUACCGGCAACCCGAGUUUACUGUCAGCCGCCGAUACCGGGAUUUUCUAUGGCUUUACAAUUCCAUGCAUAACAACAAUCCUGGUGUCGUUGUGCCACCUCCCCCAGAGAAACAGGCCGUUGGUCGAUUUGACACGAAUUUCGUCGAGUCAAGAAGAGCUGCACUGGAGCGCAUGCUCAACAAGAUCGCCGCACAUCCCAUUCUACAACAUGACGCUGAUCUAAAGAUCUUCCUCGAGAGCGAGUCUUUCAACUUGGACGUCAAGAACAAGGAGAACAGAGAACCGGAUCUGGGCCAGAACAAGGGCAUGUUCAGCUCCUUCGGUAUUAGCGUUGGUGGCGGUGGGAAAUUUGUCGAACACGAUGACUGGUUCCAUGACCGAAAGAUCUACAUGGACGCAUUGGAGAAUCAACUCAAGGCACUCCUUAAAUCGAUCGAUGUAGUAGUUGCACAACGAAAAGGGCUGGCAGAAUCUGCUGGCGACUUCUCAUCUUCGCUCCACGCCUUGGCUGCUGUGGAGCUGUCCCCCGCUCUUUCGAGUCCCCUGGGAGGACUUUCAGAUUUACAGCUGCGCAUCAGAGAGCUGUACGAGCGCCAAGCACAGCAUGAUGUCCUUACACUGGGAAUCACCAUUGACGAAUACCUACGCAUAAUCGGAAGUGUCAAGACCGCGUUCUCGCAGCGCCAGAAGGCCUUUCAUAGUUGGCAUACAGCCGAGUCUGAGCUGCAAAAACGGAAGAACACCCAGGAGAAGCUUCUCAGACAAGGGAAGACGCAACAGGAUCGCCUUAAUCAAGCCAACGCCGAUGUUGCCGACGCCGAAAGGAAGGUCCACCAAGCCAGAUUGUUAUUCGACGACAUGGGCCGCUUGAUGCGCAAUGAGUUGCAAAGAUUCGAGAAGGAGAAGGUGGAAGACUUCAAGUCUGGUGUGGAAACGUUCCUGGAAAGUGCAGUGGAGGCACAAAAGGAGUUGAUCGAGCUCUGGGAGACAUUCCUUCUGCAGCUGGAUGCUGGCGAAGAGGGCAACCCAUUCUACGCGCCUCCUCCCGUAGCCGACAAUGCUCCUACACAGCCUACUCCCGAGGAACCCGCCGCAUCUGCUCCUGUUUCUGCUGCUGAAGAGACAGCGUAG